CGCGAACAACCGCCGAUGUCAUCGGAAGCUUACUUGGCCUGUAACUUCGAUUCCCUCCCUUGCUACUGAAUACACACUCAAACUCUUCCCUUGUCCUGGACGAGUAGUUGUCUUAAUCAUGGCGCCCCUCGUCCCUUCGGCCAAAUUGACCCUAUCCUGUCCUCUCUUCGCCGCUGAUUUCGAUCCGCGCAAUCAUGGCUUUCUUCUUGUCGCAGGCGGAGGCGGCGAAGGGCGUAGCGGCGUUGGGAACAAAAUCGCACUCUUGGACACAUCCAAACGCAACGAGAUCUCCGAGGUAGUCGAUAUCGAACUAUCACGCGAUGAAGACUCCGUCACCUCGUUGGCAACGGCGCGUGCGAGCGAUGAUUCUAUUAUCGCCCUUGCCGGUAUCAAUAGCUCCGUAGCUGAGCAAAAGCUUGGCAACAACCAGCAUCUAAGAUCUUUCGAGAUUGAUUACCCCCCACGAAAAAGAUCCUUGACGGAUAACUCGGCCGAAGAAGUCGCAAAUCGAGAAGCAGAUGAAGAAAUGCACUGCCUUAUUCCCCAGAAGACCACCGCAUUAUCUCGUACAUCUUUAUUCCGAACCAAAGGAACAGAGAAGGCCGGCGGCCCGGACACAUAUCAAAGGGUGUUGCGACUCUCGCCGUGGAAAGACGUCGAGUCUCCGCGUAUAGCGGCGGUUGCCACUGGGUUGGCUCCAUCAGGCGAGAUCGUCCUUUUUCAUGUUACUCCUACACCCAGCACAUCGGAUAUCAUGGGAAGGAUCCAAUUGGGUGGUGAUGAGGAAGCUGAGGAUGUAGAUAUUACGGAUUUGAACGAUGGCAAAUUCCAGGUUGCCUAUACCAAUGGCACUGACGUGUUCAUCUGUCGUAUCUCAUCUUCAACGAGAUCUAAUGCAUCACCUGACGUACAUUGCGUAUAUAGCACGCCUUUGUCUGAAGCAACAACCAAAACCAGGCCCAAGUUUCGAGCCCUACGCUUCCUAUCCCCCACAAUGUUGCUACUGCUUCGGAAUAUUCCAGACCGUAAAGGCUGCGAGCUCGUGCUUCUUAAUAUAUCGCAAGGGCUAUCACCGAAAUCAAAGUCAUCUGCAACCAUCAUUCGGCGUAAGAAACUCCGCAAAGCAAUCAAGAUUGGACUUGGUCUGGACGUGUGCAAUCUGGGUUCAAACCUAAAAAAUCAGGAACAAACCAUCAUUGCCGUUUCGGGAAGUGACCAGUCUAUUGAGGUCCUAACGCUCGAGUACAAUCCUAGGAGAGGAGGUUACGGAAAGCUACGACCCUACAUUACCCUCAACGAUGUCCAUCCAUUCUCCAUGACAAAGAUAUGCUUCUCCUCUUUCAUUCCUCCGAACCCAGUUAGGCCUGAGACGCCACCACAAUAUGUCAAGCUUGCCUCUGUUAGUAUGGGCAAUACCGUCGUCGUACACACGCUCCCCCUGGCCCCAUCGCCACCCUCUAGUCGCUCACCGCGCUACGUGCUAGUCAUGCCGGGAGAUUCGGAUGCUUGGGCUAACUUCACCAGUGGGCUGACUGCUUUGUUAUCUAUCUUCAUUGUCUGCUUCCUCCUCCAGGCUUUCACCGAGAUCAGGGGUGUUAUGCCUCCGUAUUUGGGGGCCACCGAAUGGCUCCCCCCCGAUAUUCGUACCGCCGUCGCCCGUCCAUAUCACCAACCUGCAUUACAUCCUUUAGCAGUUCCAUCAGUCACUACGCCGAUGCGCUCAGCACCCUCGUCGCCAGUUCCUACCUUAAAUCACCGCUCCCUACGUGAUCUUCUUCAUGCCCGUCAAGCAGCGGACGCGAUCGAUUCAAUCCUCGAUAACGAUCUUGCAGCGGACGACCCAUUCCCCUCCGCUGCCUCUCUAUCACAUACCUCCAUUGUUAUCCGUCGCAACCGUGAUACGGACGAGAUCCUCAUAGAGUCUACAAACAGGGCAGAUCAUAACGCACCUGGCGGGGCCCUCCGCCGGUGGGAGGACCUCACCGAGAGAGAUCAGAUUAUGUGGAAACAACAGUUGACAGAUGCAGGCCACUGGCGUCAAGACGAAGGUGAAGCAGUUCUUCAAGGUGUUUUUUUCGAUGACCGUUCAAUCUAAAACGUUGCUUUUGGCUUUUAUUUUUGUCGGUUCACAGUAGCUACUGUCAAGAUUGGGUAUGUAGCCUGGAAUUUCUACGAAACGGAAGUACGGAACCGACCAAAGGAGAGGGGAAAAAGAGAGGAGAGGAGAAGAGAAAAUGCCAUCUGAGUCUACAGGUAAUGAUUUUGAUGUGACAUUUCAUCUACGAUUGUACGAUUUGUCUGUGGCCAACUAGCCAUCUAUGUUAACACAUUAGCAAGGAAGAAGACAAAAAAAUAAAUAUGUGUUGCUACUAUUCCACUCGAUGGGCCCCUUCAUAAAUCAAAGUCUUCUAAUCAUCAAGAG